AGGACCCCAUUAAUUUAUGACGUUUCCUUUUUCUUGUGAAGCAUAAUGAUAAUCAAGUCGACGUCUCGACCUCCUCCCCCGAUUUCUGCCUGAGAGUCCGCUGCUUCAGCGUAGAAAUGUGUCUACAACAGCAGUCAAGUAGAAAGAGUAGGCAUAGUGUCAACAUUUUUUGUUGAAGGCCAAAAUAAAUUUAUAAAAACCAACGGUGAAAGCUGCUCCUGCGUAUUUCCGUUUAUCAUGUUUGACAUGGCGGCGGACAAGCAGAAGCGCCAGGCGGAGGCCCGGCGCAAGGAGGCGAAGCGACGGCUUUUGGAGCAGCAGCAACAGGCGGCGAAGAGCGCGGAGCUGCAGCGCGAGCGGGACGACCGCGAACUAGAGAAGGCGCGGGAGCUGCGACGCCUAGAGGAGCGACGGGACGCGGAGAUCUUCGAAACGGGCGGCGUGAAGAUUCUCCGGCAGGGCUUGCACGUCAUCCCCGACAGCCGAACGGACGACAAACUGGUGCUUCCGCCCUCCGUGUUUCAAGAACUGAACAACCACCGGGUCUUCGAGCAGUUCGAGGGCCAAAACAUGCGCGGCUCGGUGCUCACGUUCGAAGUCACCGUGUCGUCGGCCUCAGCAGCAGAGCCGGUGAUUAUAGAGCAGGUCACCACUGGUGCAGCAGGUGAUGUGGCGGGAACGAGCGGCGCGACAUCAACAUCAACUACAGUUAUAGCGACCACGCACUGUGGCGUCGCGGAAUUUACCGCCGACGAAAACACGGUGCGUUUCGGGCCGAAGGUGUUGUUUUCCCUGAUGGCGCAGUGCGGAAACAUAAAGCCGGAGCGGGUGAAUAUUAGGUACAAGCAGCUCUCGCGCUACAACCGGUGCCGCUGCACCUUUCAGCCGAAAGGGGCCGGGUUCUUCCAGCAAGCGGAAAGUACUAGCGCAAACAGUGGAGAGUUGGUAGGUCCUCAGGUGGUCAACAUCGAUUUGCGAUCGGUGCUGGAGGCACAGCUGCAGUUCCACACGUGCCUGACGGAAAACGACGUGGUGCCGGUGCGGCACGAAAACAAUACCUACUACCUGCAAGCGAAGCUGCUCGAACCGGACGACGCACUGCUGAUCCUGAACACCGAGAUGGAGAUCGACGUCCUGCCGUCCGAACAGGUCGAAUUUGAGCAGAAGCUGCUGGAGCGAAAGCGGCAAAAAGAGGAGCGGCUGAAGGCUAUGUACGACGAAGAGGUGGAGCGCCGUAGGAAGUUUGAAGAAAAAGAUCUUGCGGAAAUGGAAGAACUAAUGAAGAGCGCAGGUUCUGCUUCAAUCUCGGCGAGCAAUCUGCGACCAGUGGAAGUGCAGGUGCGCUUGCCGAACGGGAAAGCCAUAUCUAGGACGUUCUUCGUCGCGGCGAACGCAUCUUCAUCAAGCGCGGCAUCGAACAGUACAGGAGCUUCCUCCGCCGCCGCGGGAGCAGCUGGUGGCGCGGCUGCGGCGAGCGGGAAUUGUUCUACUGUGACCAAGGAAAGCAAGCUCGUUGAUGUGUUUCACUGGUUGUCCCACACACCCGCCACAAUGGAGUACACGUACCGGUGCGCGCAGAAGCACCAGCUGGUGCAAUCCUGGCCGGGGCAUCGACUGGUUCUGACUUAUGACGACCACCGGGACAAGACGUUGUUCGAGCUCGGGCUGCGCGGGCGGCGCGAGCAGCUGUUUUUCAAAGCUGUGAAUGACGCCGCGGAGGAAGGUACUGCACCUGACACACAACCAAGAGCCGAGCCGCAUGACCCUGCUUCUAAAUUGUCCCCGUCUUCGGACCACCGGCUCCGCACUCAGUCAAAAGAGAGCAACAGCAUGGGUGUCUCCGCGCCCGACCUACCGCGGCUGCCCUCCGACUGGCGGGACGCGGGCACCGACGCAUUCGCGCGCAUCGACGAGCAGACUCCGAUGGUGGUUGACAGCACGACACCGGCCAAUGGGGAGGGGGGCCAGGGCCGGAGUGGGCUAGAUGCUGCUGCAAACGGCGAAAGUGGCGAAACAAACAAACCCGAACCACUGGAUUCCGUUACGAUUUUCCACAUGCUGCGGCAAGCCCCCGGCCAGCACACCCCAGAGGAAGACGCAGCGUACGCGAAGAAAUGGGGCCGGGAACUGCAACAACUGGCCGAGCUGGGAUUCGGACCGGAGGUGUGGAUCACCCGCUGCAUUCCGUUCUUAAAGAAAUGGAACGGAACCAUGCCCCGUGUGGUAAACAGCUUGAUGCUCGAGGAGGAAGUCCCGAAAAUACACUGACCGACCAUGAUAAACCCGUUCCUACCGACGUUUUCAACGAUUGUAUCAGUUUACGUACAAGAGCUUUGCGAUUGGUUCUUCCUUCGGUACAAGGAGUUUCAAACUCGCGUUGAUUCACAUGGACGCCCGAUUUGGACCUCUCGAGCUCAGAUUUUUUUUUUGUCAUGAUGAGAAAAACGAUUAUACCCUCCACUGCUGUUUAUUCCCUUCGAAUCUUGAUACAAACACAAACUGCCAGCAUAAAUAGAAGUCAAAAAAUGAACACUACCAGAAAGUACUACAAAGAAAAGCAUCACGACCAGAAAAAGGAAAGCCAACGGGCUGCAUUUUUUUUCGGGGGAAACAGUGCACGAUCCCGC